AUGGCAACGUCGGCACUCUUCGAAAAGCUGGCCCUACAUGCGCCUCAUCUCUCAGGCAAGCAAUUAAUUCCGGCAUUCAUCUACGGCACCGCAUGGAAGAAGGAAGCUACCACAGAACUGGUGUAUCAAGCAAUUUGCAACGGCUUCGAGGCCAUCGAUACAGCUGCCCAACCGAAGCACUACAGAGAAGACCUCGUGGCCGCCGGCGUUUCGAGAGCGAUCAAAGAUGGUAAAAUCAAGAGAUCGAAUCUGUACCUGCAAACCAAGUACACCAGUGUGGCUGGGCAAGAUCCUGGCAACAUGCCUUAUGAUCCUUCCAGCCCGGUCGUGGACCAAGUCAAUGCUUCAGUAAUCUCUUCACUUCAAAAUUUCAACUUUGCCAAUGUUGUCAAGGAGGGCGAUAAGGCAGAGCCAUAUAUCGAUACACUCGUCCUCCACUCACCUAUGCAGACACUCAAUGAAACGUUGGAGGUCUGGCAGACCCUAGAACAAUAUGUCCCCAAUGAGAUCCGGAACUUGGGACUAUCCAACUGCAACCUGUUCACGUUGAUGGAUCUAUAUGAGAGGUCAACCAUCAAGCCAAGCGUGGUGCAGAAUCGCUUCUAUCCGAACACGAAGUAUGACAUUGGCGUGCGCCAGUUCUGCAAAGAGAAAAACAUCAUUUAUCAGAGUUUCUGGACUCUGAGCGCCAAUCCGACGCUGGUUUGGUCGAACGAGGCGGGCGCUCUGGCAAACCAACUGGACAUCAGUCCUCAAUCGGCACUGUAUUGUCUCGUGCUCGGGCUCGGGAACACUACCGUAUUGAAUGGCACCAAGAAGAUUCAGCACAUGCAAGAGGACUGGGCUGCGGUGCAAAAGGCCAAAGCAUACGCUGAGUCUCAUCCGGCACAAUGGGAGAAGACAAUGGCGGAUUUCAGGAAACUCAUUGGCCAACCGAAGCCGUAG